AGUUGCCAAAGAAGGUGGACAGCAUCACGCCGUACACGAUGGCUCUGAUCGCCAAAUACAUCGCUCGCCAUCGGCUGAGGGAGACGAGGCUGCUGGACACCAUCGCGGACUUCCUGGUGAAGAAGGCGGAGUACCUGGACAGUAAGGUGAUCCAGAAGCUGGUGUUCCCGUUCAGCAGGAUGAGCUACCGUCCGUCCAACGAGCAGCAGUUCUUCUCCAGGCUGGAGGAAGUGGUGGAGCUGAAGGCGCUCAGCUCACCGCUCGCCACCGUCAACAUCCUCAUGUCCCUCUUCCAGCUGGGACACUUCCCCGGCCUGGUGCUGCACCGCGUCUUCUCCUCCGCCUUCAUCAGCAACGUCACCAGUCAGUACCCAAGCAAAACCAGUACAACCAGUACAACCAGUUCAACUAGUACAACCAGUACAACCAGUACAACUGAACACAACCAGUGCAUCUCAGGACCUCUCAACAGAACCAGUACAACCUAUACAACCAGUACAUCCCAAUACAUCUCAGUACAUCUCAGUAUAACCAGUAUAUCUCAGUACAUCUCAGUACAUCUGAGUAUAACCAGUACAUCCCAGUACAUCUCAGUAUAACCAGUACAUCUCAGUACAUCUCAGUAUAACCAGUACAUCCCAGUACAUCUCAGUACAUCUGAGUAUAACCAGUACAUCCCAGUACAUCCCAGUACAUCUCAGUACAUCUCAGUAUAACCAGUACAUCUCAGUACAUCUCAGUAUAACCAGUACAUCCCAGUACAUCUCAGUAUAACCAGUACAACCCAGUACAUCUCAAUAUAACCAGUACAUCCCAGUACAUCCCAGUACAUUUCAGUAUAACCAGUACAACCCAGUACAUCUCAAUAUAACCAGUACAUCCCAGUACAUCCCAGUACAUUUCAGUAUAACCAGUACAACCCAGUACAUCUCAAUAUAACCAGUACAUCCCAGUACAUCUCAGUAUAACCAGUACAUCCCAGUACAUCUCAGUAUAACCAGUACAACCCAGUACAUCUCAAUAUAACCAGUACAUCCCAGUACAUCUCAAUAUAACCAGUACAUCCCAGUACUGGUUAUUCGGUCAUGGAAAAAACAUGCAUUGAAAAAACAAACAAACAAUA